AGUAGUUCUAGCAGGAAACGUUUAUGAGUUAGCAGGUUGGAGCAUCCAAACACAGCAGUCCAUUUACCAGUUCUGAUAUAACAGGAAAUUAGUUAGGCCAAAAAGUGGUUAAAAUUUUCCGCCAAUAGAUGCUCAUGUUUCGUUUGUGGUUUAGAGGUAUGAAUUACACCUCCGUAAGAACAUAUAUAAGAGUUUCGGUUUUGAAUGAUUAUGCAUUUGUUUCUCAGGGUUGAGAUAUAGUGAUAUGGUACAAAGAUUCGACAGUCAUUGUUGAUUGAACGGCACUGUGAGACGGGGGUGCCUGUACCUCCAGGGCAUGGUCUGACGUAUUACGCGACUCGCAUAGCAGCGGCUCCGAUGAUAAUAUAAACCAACAGAAAUAUUGUAGCCGAGGUAUCGAGAAGUUAAGAGAUUGACCAAGAGUAGUCCCAUUGCUUAGCGUUUGACAGCUAUCCUGUAUUUUCCGUUAUUUCAGGAAUUGAAACUCAGAACGCAGUGUGAGAGAAGGAAUGUUAAAUAACAAACAAAAUCCAUCGUCAUAUAAAUAUUAAAGGCCGAUCACUUAGCUAGCAAAGUAAAUGAAUCACGCGUGUUGACCAAGGAGCAGAAAAAGGAGUAGACAAGAAGCCAUUUUGUCGUGCUGCAUUGGGAGCUGACGAGAUAUUUUACAACGUCGUUUGUCAUAAGAAUUUCCUCAGAAAUAUACCAGUUAAGUGGUAUUUACUCUCUAAUGUGGAUAAUUACACAGUUAACUCGUAUAUAAUAUUCGGAAUAGGUCGUCAGCAUUGCCAUUGGGUAGCAGCUAUUUAUUGGUUGAAAACCAAGUUUCGCGCCGUACAGUAUUAAUAUAUAAGGAUCGUUAUUUUACGAAUAUUCGUAUAAAAAUUUUCGCUUGAGAUGCAUCGACGACGCGGUUCAGCUCCGGCUGUUAUUUUGCAACAACAUUUAUCUAAAUAUAAUAAUUGGGAAAAGAAUGGAUUUCAUUCAGAGGAUGGGAAGAAGGACAAAGAGAAAUUAAAGGUAAAGAAAUCAGCGAAGUGCGAUUUAUCGCGAAGCUCCAGCCCUAUGUUUCAUCAAAUGGGAAAAUUAUCAGAGGAGGGCAGAAGUAAGCAACAAACAUCGAGUGACCCAUCGAUUAAUAAUCUUGUAUGCGGGAACGGGAAUAACAAUCAUCACUUUAUUUCAAAAAGGCCUUCUAGUCCGACGCUUAUAACGAGCGAACGGAAAAACGAUAAGUGUUCGGGUAAACGUUUAACCAUACGCGGUCAGGACUGGUGCUCAACCGAAAUUACAAACACAACUCGACAAAACCUGAAGAAAGCUGGCUCUAUUAAGGAUUAUCAUAUCGUCUUACUAGGACAGGGUGGCGUUGGUAAAUCCGCUCUGCUCGUAAGGUUCUCGACCGGCAGAUUUAUUUACGAAUACCAUCCGACAUUAGAAAUGAAUUAUGAAAUGCUAGCAGAGAUUGACGAUGAGAUUGGAGACCUACAUAUCUUGGAUACAGCUAAUACGACUGAGCCUGUAUAUUUGAACGAAGGCCAAGGCUUUAUUGUGAUAUAUUCUAUCAACGACCGCUUAAGUUUUGAAACCGCAAAACAGUUGGUAAAACUGAUACGAGAAGUGAAGAAAGCGAAAGGUUCUUCGAUUGUUUUGGUUGGCAACAAGGUUGACCUGAAAUAUGAUCGAGUUGUUCCACGUAAUGAAGGUAGAAACUUUGCUGUUGAGUAUGAAUGUACUUUUUACGAAACGUCAGCUAUGAACAAUAUCAAUGUCCCAGUCAUAUUUCAUGACCUUGUUAAACAAAUGAGAGUUAUCUCGAAAAAGAAUGGUCGAAUGAAUUCACUAAAGAACUUCUUCGCAAGAUAAGAAAAUUAUAUCCCACAGCGGGCUGUGGUGAAGAGGAGGUUGCCCUCCAUGCUCGAAUGUUAAUCGGUGCACCGUUGUCAGUAUAUAUUCAUUUGCCGUUUGUGGAAUUUAUUUCUAAUCAUACAUGAUUGGUUUCAAAUCUUCUCUGAUAUAUAUUUGCUUUGUUUACUUAAAUCUAAUCUUAGUGACCCUAACUCAGAGUAGUUCAACACUUACAGAUGACUAAAAUAAACGGUUCGCAGGCAUUUUCACACACAUGAGUCAGGAUGAGGAUUGCUAGAAUAUAUUAUUAGUCCUUUCAAUUGAAAGGGCACACAAAACUGUAAAUAACAGUUUAAUAAAAAUGA